AUGUCCUCGGCGGCAGUCAAGGUGCCGGAAGACCUCCUGGGCGUCAACCGCUCAGUGCUCGAGGACUACGUGCGGUCGCGCCAGGAGCAGCUGCUCGCCGAGCUGGCGCGGCGCCUGCGGGCGCUCGCGCCAGGCGUGGACCUCGAUCUUCUGAGCCGCGCCACGGCAGAGGCGCUGGCCGGACUGCCGCAGCCGGACUAUGGGGUGGUGCCCGUCGAAAGCCUGGAGCUGCAGCUGGUGUUUGCGCACGACUGCAGCGCCCCCGGCUGCGCCGAGCCCCAGUGCGUGCUCUGCCAGCACAGCACCGCGCGGCGCUGCGGCUCCGCCUUUGACUCAAAAUAUCUAGUCGGCGACACCCUCGCCGCGCGCUGCGGCGCGGGCGUGCGCGUAGAGCUCGUGGACCCGGCCACGGGUGCCGGUUUUGAGGGGGACCUGCCUGAGGUGUCGCUGGAGGUGGUGGUGCUGGACGGCAACGCGUUCAGCGCGCGGUACCAAGGGGAGUCGGCCAGGGGCGCCCUGGCCCAGGCCACCAACGCCGACUUUGACGCCAUAAGCCUGCUGCACAACAACCGCGGCACCCCCUUACUCGUCGGCACCGCGGGCAACGCGGCGGCGGACGCGCAGGGGCGCGUGCUGCUGCGCCCGGUCAGGGGCAGGGCGGUGCUGCCUGAUGUCCAGCACGCCCAAGAGCGGGGGGAGGUGCAGCGCUCGGCCGCCGCCGAGCGGCCGCGCCAUGCCUGCGCGCCCGCCCGUCCGCCCACUCGCAGCUUGUGCCUCUCCCCUUUCCGCCCCGCAACCCCUUCCAUCUCGUCAUAA